AUGGCUGCGCCCAGCGAGUGGGGCGAAGGCGGCAGGGAUUUGGGCUCCCAGCAGCAGCCGUUGGAAGACAGCCUUCUGCUGGGACAGGAGGCGACGGCGGCAAGUCGCGGCUUCUCCUCAGCCUGGCUGGGCAUCUGCUGCCCAGGCCGGGUCACCUCGUCGCCCAGGUACCUGCUCUCAGGAGCAGCUGAGGGGGACGAUGAGGAAGAAGACGAGGAGGACGACGACGAGGACGACGAGGAGCUCUUGGAGGCAGGCGCGACCGAGCACUUGGGCGGCGGCAGCCGGAGCCGGAGCGGCCGGUCGGGGAAGCUGUGCGCGCUGCAGGAGCACCAUCGCCGCCACCAUCACCACCACCAGGCAGGCGGCACCCCUAGCGACGCGCAGGCGACGCGGCCCCGCGCGCCCUGCCCCGUCGGCAGCGGGGGUCUGCUCCGCCAAGGCCCUCAGGUGAGCGGCGUGCAGAAGCAGAGGCGCCUGGCGGCCAACGCCCGCGAGCGGCGGCGGAUGCACGGGCUGAACCACGCCUUCGACCAGCUGCGCAAUGUCAUCCCCUCCUUCAACAACGACAAGAAGCUCUCCAAGUACGAGACGCUGCAGAUGGCGCAGAUCUACAUCAGCGCGCUGGCCGAGCUGCUACACAGCCCACCUCCAGCCGACGGCGCCCCCGCCAGCCAGACUUACGAGCGCGCGCCCUGCACCCCGCCUGUAGGGGGCGCUCUGCAGCAACAGCCGAGGUCCCAGGCCUCGGGACACUGCCGGACGCGUUUUCCCCAAGAGCAGCCGGCUGGGGGCGGGGCAGGAGGAGGAGGCUUCUCGGUGCAACUGGACCCGCUGCAUUUCCCCUCGUUCACGGAGUUGGGGCAGAAAGCCCCCUCGCCGGCGCAGCUCCUGCCGCCGUCGGGCCAGUCCCAGCAGGAGCGGAGGAAACCCUCGCCGCCGGCCCAUCGCAGCGAUGGGGAGUUCUCGCCCCGAUCCCAUUACAGUGACUCUGACGAGGCCAGCUAG